CAGGUUUUUGUUGUCCCUUCGCGGCGUACGAUGAGUUGAACCGCCAUUACUGGUCAUUACACCGUUAAAUGUCACUGGAGUUGCGUCCCUCGAUUAGGAAUUGUUUGUCGUUGCUCGUUUUUCGAUUUUGUCCGGAUUAAGCCAUUAAAAAAAAGGAUAUGUCCACUAAGCGAAAAGGUGUGCCCAUGAAGAAAAGCCGCGGAAAGUCGCGGAAAGUAGAGUACGACGAUGAAGAUAUCUCCAGCGAGCACGAGUCGGAUGUCGAAGACGCCGAAGCCGACGCCGGCUCCAAUGCCGACGGCGAGGACGCUGCCGACGAAGACUUAACCGACCUAUCCAGUAUCCCCGAGUUGCCGGCUCCAGAGGGAGGUUGGGGUAAACCGGGGACCCUAUUGUUAUGUGGUUUAACAAACUGGGAAAUGGCAGGACGUAAGGCUCCUCCGAAAGGAGUAAAGGCCAAUGUGGGCCGUAGUUUAUGGACACCACAUACUUUUAAAAAUAUUAAUGGAAGUCGAGUUCGUUUGGUUGCCUCAGGCCCUGCAGCCUCGCAUAGUGUCGUAGUCACUGAGGAUAAUAGAUGCCUGGUUUUCGGUAGAAAUGAUAAAGGACAAUUAGGCAUUGGUGAUACUAAGCGACGAGACGAACCUACUGAAGUGGAGGCUUUAAAAGGACACACAGUGAUAGGAGCAGCUUGUGGUCGUAAUCAUACUUUGUUUCUAACAAGUCGUGGAAUUGUUUUUGGAGCUGGAGAUAAUAAACUCGGCCAAUGCGGCGUGGGAAAAUCCAUUGCUUGCGUCGUUACAGCCACAAAAGUGAAGUACUCUGGCCCUCCUAUUGUCAAAGUUGGAUGCGGUGCCGAAUUUUCAAUGAUCUUGGAUAUUAAGGGUGGAUUACAUUCUUUUGGAAGUCCUGAGUAUGGAGCAUUAGGCCAUAACACCGAUGGAAAAUACUUUGUAACUAAUACAAGAAUGGCCUUUCAUUUUGAGAAAGUACCUAAACGAAUCGUCUUAUACGUUGAAAGAGAGAAGGAUGGACACGUUAUCCCUCUAGACCGUGUUGAGAUAACUGAUUUCAGUUGUGGUCAUCAUCAUAUUGUUGCUAUUGAUAGUAAAAGUCGUGCGUUUUCCUGGGGUUUUGGUGGAGUUGGACGCUUAGGACAUAAUGAACAACGAGAUGAAUUAGUGCCACGCUUAAUAAAAUUCUUAGAACCCCCAAAUCGUGGUGUUAGAGCUGCGUAUUGUGGAAGUACAUACAGCAUUGUCAUAAACGUCCAUGGAACAGCAUUAAUGUUUGGACAAACAAAACGUACAGGAGAGGCAAAUAUGUAUCCAAAGCCAAUACAAGACUUGUCAGGAUGGGAUAUAAGAUGUGUUGCUUGUUCCCAAACCAGUGUAGUGGUUGCAGCUGAUGACUCUGUUAUCGCAUGGGGUGCCAGUCCUACUUUUGGAGAACUGGGUUUUGGAGAGAUGCGCAAGUCUUCGACAACACCCAUGGAAGUAAAAGCUUUAGAAGGCUUGUACAUUACGGCUGUAACAUGCGGUCUUUCUCAUACGCUUAUGAUAUGCCGGGAUGAAUCUGAAGAGGAAAAAGCUAAGAUUAACAAGCUCCAAGUGUAUGCAGUUUAAAGUAAUAAGGAUCCCUUAGCUCGUAUAAUAAUAAAUCCAUGUUAAUAUGGAGAGAAGUUCUUGAGAAAGGGUGAUCACCUUGUUCAACAACUUCGGUAACCUCAAGCUACAUGCAAGAAUGAUCUACGGCGUAAAAUUAAAUAACUAUAAGCAAUGAAUUCUUCAGUUAAAGAAUUGUUCUUAAAAAUAAGAGAACAGGGAUCCGUGGAAGUCUUGAUAGAUUCUACAAAACGUCCAUAAAAGUCAUAGACUUAGCUAAUUAAUGUACUUCCGAUUUUUUACUUAACGCGCUAAUGAACGUGAGAUCCAUAAUAGAAAGCCCGUUCUGUUAGUAGCUCAGGAUAUAGACCAAACAGAUAGAUGCAAAAGAAUAUAUUUUGAUACGUUGCUAUUUUAUUCACGUUCGCUGUAAUUAGUACUUGGCCCAAGACUGGAUCGAUUCUCGCGAUCAUUGAAAAUAUUAAUCGGUAUGGAGAAGGGUGCUGGAAACUAGAAUGUUUACUCGUAUGAUUUUAUAUGGUUCUCAAAGUAUAAAUAGAUUUGAUUACCAAUAUUAUUGCUUUGUUAUAUGAGUACCUGAAAGUAAUACAUUUGCAAAAAUGAUUUUCACAUAUCUCGAGUGCAGGAAUAUUUCAAAGUUCAUGCUGGAACAGCCAUUGUUCAGUGAAAUACUUAGCAUAAUAUUAAUAUAAAUAGUACGUGUACACUGAUUUAACGCUGGACAUGAAAUUUCUCCAUCAGUUAAUAUAUAAAUUUAGUUUCUUAUUCUAAUUUUAUAAAUAUAGUAACCUGUAUAUUUUUUUUUUAUAUGCCUACAUUUGUAUUUUUUAUUUUAUAUGACACACUGUACAUAAGUAGAAAUUUCUAGGAGCCAGCAUUGUUUUAUCAUACUCGUACAAUGGAACUGUUGCCGCAGAACGUUUAAUUGUAUAACUAAUGAAUGUUUCAAUGAAGUUUAUAUUGUUAAAUUAUUAAACAGGAGCAAAUCAGGUUUUUAAACUUGGAUAGUAAAGUCCAGGUACCAGGUUGAUAUUGUUUCAAAUUUUCUGAAUUAUCAGAAAUGACUAAUACGUACAGUAUUUAAUGAAAUACCUUUCCAUUUUAUUGUAAAUUUAGUUCACCAAUAAUUUUUAAAUUCGUAGUUACAUUAAUGACAUCUUGAACACAUUAGUUAUGUGAGAAAUCUUGAUUGAAAACGUGAAACAUUUUUCACUACUGCCUUUUAGGUAUUUCAUUUUGUUUACAAUUUCUCUAGGGUUAUUGUGGCCAUUUAUGAGGUCACAAUUAUUCAUACACUGCCAGAUUAAUACUUUUAUGCAAACUUGUAUUUGUACAUUCAGAUUCUUUCAAAAGAACUUAUAACGGUUCACCCGUUAUGUGAAAAUAAAUUAAGGAACAUCUGACAAAUGUAUGAAUCUGAUUACCAAAUAAACGAAUUUUGUACGAAA